UGUUCGGACGCGUUCUCCAGAGGCAGGUUUCCCAUCGCGUUCCGCGAACACACACACACGCUCUACCCUGCGCGAUCUCCUUCAUCUUUUGACACAUUGCCUGAGAAAAGUGCCUUUAUUCGGAAAACUCAAUCAAAAAUCGAGUAAAUUUGAAGGGGGGAAAUAAAAAAAAAAAAAAAGAAGAGAUCGAUUUGUCAAACGUUUCCGAGAACCGGUCUAGCCACGGCUGUCUACAAGAGGGUGUUCACCCUCCGCUUCGCCGGCAGAACAAUCCCCUGCGAGAGUCGAGCACACGUCUUUUCGCACACCGAGACGAAGGGGAGCGCGAGAUCCUUGCCGAUUCCAACGAUCGAUUUGCUACAACGUAGUCGACACGUAAAAUGGUGGCAUCGCAAAACGACGGCGGCAGAAGUACAGGCGGAGGCGGUGGUGGCGGCGGAGGCGGUGGCGGUGGCGGAGACGACACGGUCUACACGGUGACCGUAAGCGGAGUCGGUUAUAGAAACGAAGGUUACAAGGACGAUGGCACCGACGGUAUACCACCGGAGCCGCAGAAGCCGCCGCAGCUUCCGGCAACGGAUGACGACACGCAGUCGAGGAAGUUCAAACUGUCACGCGGCGAGAAAUGGCGUAUACUGAAGAACAUCGGCACGGUUUCGAUCGCCUUCAUGGUGCAGUUUACCGCGUUUCAGGGCACGGCGAAUCUGCAAUCGUCGAUUAACGCCAGCGACGGUCUCGGCACCGUCUCGCUCUCGGCGAUUUAUGCCGCCCUCGUGCUCUCGUGCAUCUUCGUCCCCACCUUUCUCAUCAAGAGGCUUACCGUGAAAUGGACGCUCUGCCUGUCGAUGCUCUGCUACGCGCCCUACAUCGGCUCGCAGUUCUAUCCCAAGUUCUACACUCUGGUGCCCGCCGGUGUGCUUCUAGGUCUCGGCGCCGCCCCCAUGUGGGCCGCCAAGGCCACGUAUCUCACGCAAGUCGGCGGCGUCUACGCCAAGAUCACCGACCAGCCGGUCGACGCCAUUGUCGUGAGAUUCUUCGGCUUCUUCUUUCUGGCGUGGCAAACGGCCGAGCUCUGGGGCAAUCUCGUCUCCUCCCUCGUACUGAGCGACGGCGGAGGUGGCGGCGGUGGCGGCAACAGCACCACUAGCUGGGACAAAAUCAAACUGUGCGGCGCCGAUUUCUGCAUCCUUGGAAACGGAGGUCACGAGAACCUGGAACGGCCGCCGGAGUCUGAGAUCUACGAGAUUUCCGCUAUUUAUCUUUCGUGCAUCAUCGUCGCGGUGAUAAUCGUCGCUCUGUUUGUCGAUCCUCUUUCCAGGUACGGCGAGAAGCAACGACGAUCGGACAGUCAGGAACUGAGCGGCAUUCAGUUGCUCUCUGCCACGGCUUAUCAGCUGAAGAAACCCUAUCAGCAACUGUUGAUACCGAUCACGAUAUGGAUCGGUAUGGAGCAAGCUUUCAUUGGUGCCGAUUUCACACAAGCGUAUAUUUCCUGCGCUCUGGGCGUACACAGGGUAGGCUACGUCAUGAUUUGCUUCGGGGUUGUAAACGCCGGAUGUUCGUUGCUAUUCGGCUCGUUGAUGAAAUUCGUCGGCAGACAGCCUUUGAUGGCGCUGGGCGCUAUCGUUCACGUCUCCCUCAUAGUAGUUCUCCUCAUGUGGAAGCCACAUCCCGACAAUCCCUACGUCUUUUACUCGGUUUCGGGAUUGUGGGGUGUGGGCGAUGCCGUGUGGCAGACGCAAGUUAACGGACUUUACGGCACGCUGUUCAGGCGCAACAAAGAGGCGGCUUUCUCGAACUACAGGCUGUGGGAGAGCGCCGGCUUCGUGAUCGCUUACGCGUACAGCACGCAUCUCUGCGCUCGUAUGAAGCUGUACGUGAUGCUGACGGUGCUGCUUACCGGCUCAGUGGGCUACAUCAUCGUCGAGCUGCUCCACAGACGCAAGCAACGACGGCUCAAAGCGAUCGCCGAAGAUCCGAAGGCCGCCCAAGCCGAGGCGAAUCAGCCGGAGGAGACCGACGACGAGAAGGACGAUCUCGACGACGAGAUCAUCAUCACCCACUUGUGAGCGCGUCUGACUUGCGAUCGUCGUUUAGUGUCGUUUCUCGCUGACAGUCUCGUUUCUCGUCGACGGAGGAGAAAUCGAGAAGAAGACGGACGUUCGGAAGACUCGAUCGGACUCCAAUCCCGCGCGAGUAUCCCUGAUAUCACAGACAAACUCUUUCUUUCUCUCUCUCUCUCUCUCCACUUCACCUUCAUUUUUCUAUUUAUCAGUCUUUCGCGAUGUUUUUUUUUCUCCAUCGACGACACAGAUGAGAAGAGCGUGCCCUCUCUUCCCUCUUCCUUCUUCCCCCUGAUUGCGAACCGUGUGCGCGUAUUGAGUCGCGGAGGAUCCUGACUUUUCCGAUCAUUCGCGACGAAGCGGGAACGCCGAGGAUCGACUUUAUCCCGCUGACGUUACACGCUCUUUCCUCGGCGGGACUGUUGCAAAUCGAUAAGUAAUACACGCUUAUCAAUUAUAUACCUGUGGUGCUAUGGUUACGUAGAAUUUGCUUUCGUGCGCGGUGCACGCACGCACG